AUUGGAUUAAUAUGUCAAAUAAUAGUGCUUUUACUCUGAAUUAAAGAAUCAACUAAAUGAAAAAUUUAAGGAAACUAACUUAUGAUGGAAUCAAACCUAUAAUGUCACAAUUUCAUGAUAAUUCAAGAGAGAUAUAUAAACCUCACCAAAAAAAACAUGAGUUCGAUUUUUUACAGAAAUAUGAAAAACCUAGUAUAGAUAUAGUUAUAUUAUUAGUAAAUUUUUAAUUUAGAUAAGAUAGAAGAAGUUCUAUUAGGACUUCUGUGCAUCAGACUAAUUUAAAUUUUAGACUUUAACCUCGAACAUGCAGUAUUAAAUUACCUAGUUUUCAUAAUAGAAAAAAUGUGAGUAAAUCCAUACAUGAGAUAUUUUCAACAAAUGAUCCUUCUAUGAAUUAAAGUGCAUUUAAGAUUCAUUGA